AUGCUCGAUCGCGCGCGCGACGUCGAGGCGCAAAUCCCGUCGUCGUCCUCCCCUCUCCUGCCCGUCGACGACGAACACGCGGCGCACGCGGCGUCGCAAAGACGCGACCGGCGACCGAGAUGGAUCCUGGGCGGUGGUCUGAUCGGCGCGUUGGCGCUCGUCGCGGUCGCAUCGCGCGACGAUCGCGCGCGUGAGAGCGCUUUAGGGAUCGGUGGAGCGAUCGGGCUCGUCGUCGGCGCGAGAGAGCCGCCGCGGGCGACGAAGUUGGUCCCGAGGGCGCUGGACGGGUUGAACGUCACGGAGAAGGCGCGCGCGCGGGCGAACGCCGAGUUGUAUCGAUUCGACGGCGAUGCGUCGCUCGAUGCGGUGCCGUAUUACGAUCUCACGGCGUAUCCUUCGGCGGCGUUGAAGAGGGCGAUCGAUUCGCUGAGGACGAGCGAUGAGGCGACGUACGAGGCGUUUGGAAACGUGCACGAGGAAUACGGGCGGUUGGUGGCAGAUAGGAUCGGGGCCAGGAAAGACGUCGGGGCGUCUUUGAGUGCGGUCACGGCGUGGGUGAACGCCAAGCGACAGGGUUUGGGGCAGCUCAUCGUCGCAACACCGAAGGGGUACGUGAACUCACACGCCGGACCUCCGACGGAGUUUGACUCGUUUGUGUUGAGCUUCAUGUUGCGUGGACCGAAGAAGUGGGACGUCGUCUUCCUCGACCGCGGCGAGCGUGGCGUGAGUGAGGAUAACCUGAAGCGACCAGAGGCUCUGUUUACGAACAAGGCGUGGGAACAACCAUAUUUGCUGUACAACAACACAGCGAGCAUCGUCGGCGAACGCUUGGAGACAAACCUUUACAUGGUGUCUAAGAUGUUCCUCGACCGCCUCCCGUCACACAUGAGAGAGAUGCCCAUGGUGAACGUCGAUAAUUGGCUCAACGAUUUGUGCGCGCACGGCAAAUUGACGUGCUACUCGUACACAGCGAAGAACUGGUACGAUGGCUUGUCGUCGAAGCAUAAGGCAAACGCCGUUGAGCCAAACACCAGGGCGCCGAUUUUCGAUCCAAACACGGCGCGUGCGUUCGAGGAGGAGGAGAGAAAUGAGACCGCAAGCGCUGCGAUAUCGCAAGAGAGAACUGAUGCGGACGAAGAGGACGCAGCGAUGGAUAAAACCGUAAAUUUGCCAGAGGUUGCUGCCGACAUUGAUGAGUCUGUAUCGUGGAACAAAGUAGCGGCGAAGGAUGAACCGGACGCGAAGCAACCGGUCGAGGAGUCGAGCACAGAUCCCACCGAUAUCGAGGUGCGCGCAAUGCUCGCGCGGGAGGCGCCGAUCACGUCUUGGAUGGGCGCGAGGCUCGGCACACGCGCGCGACCAGAUGUUAUCGCGAAGAGCACGCGCGCGUACACUGGCGACGAAAUCGAUCGCUUCUUUUAG